AUUCACAAAAUCUACAUUAAAAUUAAAAAUCAGCAUAAAAGCCUUCUCUUCUCUUCUACCUCUCCCUCUCCCUUUCCCAUUUCAUCUGAGACACCAGGGCACAUACCUUCAUCUUCCUCCGCCAUUAUGAGUCACGCUGACGAUGAUCACGAUGAUGACCCUCCACUUUUCUCUCACAAAAACCCUUCUGAUCUCAACAGCAAGAUCGUGCUCGCUGCCAUCGUUUCAUUAUCUUUCGUCGUAAUUCUAGUUAUAGUCCUUCACAUCUACGCAAGAUGUGUUCUCAGACGCCAAGCCCGACAACGCCGAACGCCUAUUCGUAGUCUUGACCUCACCGCUAAUCCUGGCCAAUCCGGUGAGCCGCCCAAGACCGGCCUUGACCCUUUGAUCAUUUCCUCCUUGCCCAUGUUUGUCUUCAAGCAAAAAGACGUUGGCGAUGUUGAGGUCACGGCAAUAGAAUGCACGGUUUGUUUAAGCAACAUUGAAAACGAAGAAAUGGUUAGACUUCUGCCAAACUGUAAACACACUUUCCAUGCAGAGUGCAUAGACAAAUGGUUUGGUUCACAUUCCACUUGCCCCAUCUGCCGCACUGAGGCCGAGCCACGGCUGCAGCCGGAAGCGAGGGAGGUUCCUACUACCACUACUGUCGCAGCCACAGCUCCGCCGUUGGAACUUAUAAAUUCUACUUUGUCUUGUCAGGAAGGGACCUCGAAUAGUGGAGGCGAAUACUCUGCUAAAAUGUUAGGUUCCAGUGCGAGAUUGAGCUCUUUCAGAAGAAUACUGAGCAGAGAUAGGUCGUCAAGGAGACUUCAAUCUUGUUCUCAAGAAGAUGUGGUAGAUUUGGAGAGACGGUGAUGAUCCCUAAAGGCCCAAAUUUUCUGCAGGAAUAUUUAACUAGAUUAAAUAUUAUAAAUUCAUAAUUUGAUUUUUUAUUUUUAUCUGUUGUAAGACUUUUAUCUACCUGCCUUUCACAAAUCUAAUACGUAAUAGAGUUGACAAUCAUAGCCA